UGCGACAGGAAUCAGAAGAGGUAACACAAAGCAUUCCACACUUCUCUCUCUAUUUCUCAGCAUGUCCGAGCACCAUCACGCCCACGGCCAGUGUGAUCACGCCCACGGAGAGCCAGUGCAAUGCGACCACAGCGCGGGCGUGGGCGUGGGGGAGUUUGACGACCCGCUGUUCCAGAAGCAGGAUUGGGGCGUUGAGGACUGGCUGCAGAUGUAUGAAAAGUUUCCUGACAUGAGGGAAAAGGGGCAGCCUUCGAAGGCCUUAUUGAAAUACCAGAAGGAAAUCCUCCCUUCCGAGCCAGGGAGAGUGCUGCUCCCUCUGUGUGGAAAAAGUCCGGACCUUAGGUGGCUGUAUGACCGUGGAAACACUGUUGUGGGAAUUGAGUGCGCUGAGAAGGUGGUGAAAAACUUCUAUGAGACCUACCCUGACCUCAAACAUACCAUCCAUGACCUGCCUUAUGGUAAAGUCUACAAGAGUGAAGAUGAGCGUCUACAAGUGUAUAUCUGCAACGUCAUUCACAUCCCAGAGGGAGAACUAGGAGAGUUUGACGCGGUGUUCGACUGGGCUGCCUACACUGCCAUCAACACAAAGGAGAGGCAGAAGUAUGUCGACUUCAUUAAAUCCUGCAUGAAGCCUGACUCCAGGUAUUUCCUUGAGGUUUGUCAUGACCUGGAGGAAGGUGCGAAAGGAACUCCGAACUCCAUCUCUUUCCGCACGAUCAAGCUGGAGUUUGAUUGGGACAAAAAGAUGAAGUUUCUGGAGACGAAGGACAUAUCUGAUGAAUGGAAUGUGAAGAGCUUCUUCAACACCUUCAUCAUGUUCCUUCCCAAAUAAACGUUGUUUCACA